AUGCACACGGGUCAAUCGGCUACCGGUUGCAGUAACAACAUGGCAACGCGGACCAAUCAAGUGAAAAACACCACAUCCACUGGUGUCGUUUCUUCGUCAAGCGUGAGUUGCGUCACGGAAAUCUUUCCAAACGAACCCAACCAUUUAAUGCCAGCAACGAUGAUUAUGUUGCGAGCUUAUCAACUGUAUCGAGACGCUGACCUAGACGACUUUACGAUCACAAUAAACGAUUCGGAGGAUGGAAAAUUCGAUGACGUCGUUGUGUGGCACAAACCCAUGAAGUCCUUGUCCCCAGAUGCAUUGUUUAUAGAAGCGAAGGAUUGGUACAUACCCGCUAACGAGCCUGAACAAGGAAAGGAGCGUAUUAUUACGAAGGAAGCCUUAAUGUCUUACAGCAAUGCACAUUCGAUAGCCAAAUAUUUCAUCACCUUUCUUAAUAUCCGUAAACCCUUGGAAAGAAGGCUGAAGAAUGAUAAAUACGUUGUGUGCACCAACGCGCGGCUCGAUCAUGCAGCGGUAAACUGUUUCAGCGAGCUGGUACCAGAAAAUAAUGACAUUUUGUCGUUUACUAGCGCACUGUCCUCCACAUGCUACCGGUUUAAUCCUUACAAAUUGAACGAUUACGACCUAAAACUGAGAGAAGCUUGCCUGGAAGCCCUAGCAGAGCUAAUGGCUUCACAUAUUGUCCAUCGUAAAGUGAUCUCGCACGAAAAUCCACUGUUUACAGCGUUCGCAGAUUUUAUCAAAGAACGUGUAGUGCCGGCUAAAGACAAUCCCGACACCUGCUACCAAUUUUCCUCAUACUACAAGAAGAAUCAAUUACACAGCUUUUUGCAAUUGAAAUUUCACGGCUUCUUGCAAUUGGCAUACCAAAAGCUGAACGGAAAAUGUGAUUCUUACUUAAAUGAGGAAUUCAUGAUUAAUCAAGACUUAUUACACCUACCAUUUGAUCGCCACUAUCGUGAUUCGCUAAUAACGACUCGUUUGGCCGACUUUUACAAGAUGUUCAUCCUGGUGUGCUGCCCGCACGGUGAGAAAUCAUUGCACAAUAAGACGCUGUGGGAAAUAAAACAUCUCAGCAAGACAUCAUCCAAAACGGAUCAGGAAACCAUUCUUAACGUGCUUCAGGAUAAGCUAAUGGAUGCACUGCAGAACAAAUUACCAAUCGACCCAAAAUGUGUUGGAAAUGCGUUAAAUAUUACGAUGCAUGCCGGUAACAUACUGAGGACCGUAACAUGCAAAUACUUGCAAUCACUGAAGGAGCAAUGCUCUACGUUCAUAAUUUAUCGCGAUCGUCUUAAAAUGACGGGACUAUACACGAAUCUCUUAAGCAGCUAUUCGCGUGACAUAUUGCACUACCGUGGCUGUGGUGAUGUUGUGCUAAAAAUGUGGACCAUAGCGCAAACACUAGCGCUCGUACCAUCAUGUGAGGGUGUGUUUAUCGAUAGCAUCAAACCAGAGAUCACUCAGCACCUUGACCAGCUACUGGCGCAACCCACUGAUGUAUUUCAAGCUUCGCUCAUUGUAAUAGCUCUAGCGGAAACGCUAGACUAUGCCACACUACAGCGCCUGGAGAGACGGAUUGCAACCUACGGAGCUACAUGGAAACAUCGAACCAACGUAAAGAUAAUUGUACUGCAGCAGUCAACGAUAGACCAUAGCGACGAGAUCCUCGUAUCGAAUCUCACAAGCAAUUGUCGGCAGGAACUUUACGAACGGUACGCGACACUUCAUCUGUUUGGCACACGCACUUCGCUCGGUGCAAUGGUUUUGCCGACCGACAGUUUGGCACACUUAAAGUAUGUACUGGACACCAGCAACGACACCCAAGGGAAGGAAAAUGUCAACAUACACCAACAAAGAUAUGACAAAAUUCAUUCCUGGUACAUUUAUCGUGAUAUUGACCCCACUAGGUACGGCUAUGACUGCUACGAUAUAAGUACCGAGUACAUGCGCGAAACAUAUUACCAGUUGGAUUCUUUUCCCUUUCACCAAUUACGUGAUUUGCAUUACCGGGAUUCCUACUUUUCAAGGCCAAAGGAACACCAUUUUGAACUACGGAAAACGGCUGAAAAAAUAAUAAAUUUGGAUGAUGUAUCCGGAGCAGGAAAAACGGCCUACUUUACCUGGCUCGCCCGGGAUAUACAAGCGCACGAUCCAUUGCUGUACGUGUUGCACAUCAAUGCAGCAGAGCACAGUUCCUCGUUUGACUGGUUGGCGUUCAACGAUCUUCCAAGUACGAUCGAUACGGAAGUUAUAAGAACGCUAUUUCGGCUGUACCGUCUGGCACGUACCGACCGACACGUGGAUGUCAGGUUGACGCUAGAAAAUAUCCAAGAGGAUAGAAGGCAAACCGAUCGUUUAGCGAAACUGUUUACCUUUGCUGACGGAUUGGUGCUGCUGGAUGAGGGCAAGGCGAACGAGUUCGCCUUACCAUCAAACCAACUGAUAGAACUACGACUAUUCCGGGAAAAGGUUAACCGUACGCAGGUAGUCUUCAUGCUAGAUGGAGUGGAUGAAGUGGAACCUACCUUCAGGGCUCCAAUGUUACGUUUUGUUGAAGUUUUGUCACAAUUCGAUGGAGUUUACAAAAUAUUCCUUUCGACUAUUCAGUCACGUGGGAACAGAUGUACCCGAUUCCCAAAAGCUAUAACGUAUGGACUUAAACCAUUGUUUUGUGAAGCGAACCUACUGCUACAUAAUUUGCUUCUCCAGCACUUGAAUGGAUAUCGUUAUUAUGUCCAGAAGGAGGCAGAAAACCUGUUGUUACCUUUUCUGAACAGCGUCGUUAUCAAUUCAUUGCGGUAUUAUCAGAACAUUCCACUACUGCUGUACAUGGCGUAUAGUCUCUAUCUACCAGCGAUAAAACGAUGUGUAAGCUUUAAGAAUCGGCGGGUACAUGGAAGCAUAAGAACGCACUUACGAAACAUUGACACCUUCCAAGUGCUCAAGCGAUUUGUCGAUGGACAGCUUGGUGUCAGUAGAAAGUCACUACUGCCACCUGGUGCAACUACUAAGAAGCUGGAUGUACUAAACACGCCGAAACGUCAGCUUGCUUUGUUAGCCGUGCACACUAUGCUUGACAAACAGUACACCGAUCGUUUCCUAACCCAAGACGAACGAACAGAGGCAUUGAAGCUCACGAGCGAUUGCAAUGUAGGUAAGCUGAAGGUUGAAUUCUUAACAACGAAUCAUGAUGGCACUGCAAGGUUUACCAAUCGUCUAUUCGCGGAAUAUUUUGCCACCUGUUGGUUGUUUGAAAACCGAACCCGCCUCGGUAGUAAACGUCAUGUUAUGUUGGCGUACAAAAUGUUGGCAUCGGGCAGCCAUAUCCCAUUGCGCUGCAUGUUCAAUCGAAUAGCAAUUGAAGGCUGCACAGGAACCUACGCACAUAGUUUGUUAUGCAGGUUUACUACUAAUUCAGAUUAUUUAUUUUUUCACUACGUCUCAGAGCAAAGAUUAGAUCCUGUCCCAGGCAAAGACGCUACUGGACGAACGAUACUGCAUUGGUUGUCGUCGGCUAGCAGUUACUUAUUCUACAAUGUGUUAGAUAUUAUACCAGCUGAACAAAUCGAUGCAAAAGACGAACUCUUCCAUUGGAGUGCCCUGGAUUAUGCGUUUGUUUCCAAGCAAUGGUCCGUCAUGGGCGACUUGAUACAAAUCGGUGCUAAAGUCAACAUCGACGUUUGGUUGGACCAGUUACGAUCAUACGAUUUGGCGGAGCUGUUUGAUCGAAUAACAAUGCUGGAACACCGUCUAAUCGCCCACUGUGGCCUUUGUUUAUCACGAGACAUAAUCAUUAACGAUAGCGUACUCGCCCGGCAUGUACUAAGUGCAGUAAGCAGUGGUAUAGUACAACACUUGCUUUACGAGAAGAACGUUGACAUUCGCAGGCCACUAGCGGAACUGAGCAGAUUGACCGUGUUAGAGUACUGUGCAAAGCAAAAUCUGUUCGGUUUACUGGAACAUUUUAUUUCCUUCGCCAACUCAUCGAACCAACUUCUUGGCGAUGUGGGUUCACGUCUGUUCGAACUAUCAGUUGAACGCAAAGCGUACAAUGUAGCGAUAUAUCUAAUGGACCAGUGUGACUUCCACUCGAAUCUCAUAACGAAAUUCGAUUUUGACGAAUUUGAUUUCGAUAUUUUCAAAUUUUGCGAAAACGAAUGUAUAUACUCUUACAAUGCAUCCGACUUCCUGUCCUUUGCGAUGGAACUGAAGAACGUGAAACUGUUUCGACUGUUUUUCAAUAAGCUUUGCGAACAGUACCAAUACGCCUGCAUUAACGAUGAAAAUAUUGUUGAAGAAUCGUUCAGUGCUACUAACAACACAUGUACAAAUUUGCGUGAAAUUCCAGACGAGGUUCAUUGCUAUUUCGUGCGAACAAUUGAAUUUAUUCUCAAAGAAUCGUUGUACCGAACAAAUUUUCACACCAUCAGCUAUAUCGUGCAAAAAAUCAAACUAUCCAUAUCUAACCAACUUUUGAGGAGUAUUAUUGAAAAAUUACCCAUUCAAACUGGAUAUGUACGACCCGUAACGUCUUCGUCCCUGUUCAACUACCUGCUUGACAGAACAUACGAUCUGUAUGGUAGAAACGAUGACGGACAAACGUUACUGCACACCGUCGGUGCGAACGGAUGUGCCGUCAUGAUGCAUUGUUUGAUCGACAGAGGAUUCGAUCCACUACACACCUGCGCGAAGCUGAAACAGAACGUUUUUCACUAUAUAGCAAGCUCGGUGGAAGAUAGGUGCGCGGUAGAAAUAUAUCAUCAGCUGCUAGCAUACCACAAGAUCGACCAGCUUAACGUACCGAAUAUCGAGGGUUACAACGUGUGCGAUAUUGCUAUAAUGAAGCGAAAGUACAGAUUGGCGAGAGUGUUGAUCCAUGCAAAAGCUAACGGGUGCUGCACGCAAAUCCGAGUAUCUGUAGUGCUUGAUAGCUUCAAGCAAUUGUUAGAAGACACACAAAAAAAUAACAUUCUGAAUAUACUAAAUUUUCUAACAUUCUCAUAUGAAAACACAUAUGCUGAUUGGAAGGAUGCUUAUGCCAUUAUUCACCAUCGAAUGCCCGUUGUAUAA